UCUCUCUCAAAGUGAUCUCUUAUGGUUAAGCGGUGGGUAUUGCUCAUUCAAUACAUUGGGAAACAACAGCAGUAGCUUCACGUAGGGCCAGGUUUACCUGGGUAGCAGCCAAACAAACCCGUCGUCAUCAGAAUGAUGACAACGUUGCACAACGAUCGCUCCUCGAUAAGCGUACCUGAUCGCACGCGUUCCCACAGCAGCACAACUGUAACCUACAGGAGGAGCACCUCGUCCUCUAUGUCCCCACAGACCUCCUUUACAACGGUCAAGACAGCUGUUAUCGACGAAGCAACCUCUACUAAGACGCCAAGCGGCUACGCCUCCUCCUGCCCCGACCUCCUCUUCGUAAAGACAGAAUCCAACAGCUCCGAAACCCACAGAAAACUCCACCUGACAAUGUCUCUGAGCGACGGGCGAAGAAGCCCCCGCACAGACGGGUUUUCCCGGCAUCAGAUGGCCACGAGCACGAAGACCUCCCCGUGCCAAGGAAGGACGGAACUCUCCCGCAAGACAUCUUCUGUGUCGUCUUGCCGCUCCUCCUCCGAGAUGGAUAACUUAUCCUGCGAUGAGGAACUAGAUAUCUGUAAGGUCAUCCCGGAGAUAAAGAUCGAUGAGCUCCUCCAGACCUCCACACCUUACAGAGAUAAGAACAUCUCUGAGAUACUCAGCUUCUUAUUUGUAGGAGACGCUGAAGCCGCCUUCAGGGAGCCUCUACUCUGCCGACUCAGCAUCGAGUGUGUUGUUGACCUAAGCAACUUGUCUCCAGAUCAAAUCUCCAAGUCUAUCCGUCUUAAAGAUUGUCCCUGCGUCUGCCCAUCUCAGAUGAAACACACUCGCAUCCGACUUAAUCUCCUCGUCGACGAAACCAUCAACGAGGAGAUCAUCCACUACUUCGAUGAGAUCAACGCGUUCAUAGAGGGCGCUCGCAAGAUGGACAGAAAGUGUCUUGUGUAUUGUUUCAAGGGACGUUCCCUCUCGCCAACCAUCGUCACUCAGUAUCUAAUGCAGUACAACAACAUGACAUUGAAACAGGCGUAUAGUCUCGUGAAGAAGAGGCGUCCGGAAGUUACCAUAUCGGCGGGUUUCCGAAGCGCUCUCGUGCGGCUCGAAAGACAACUACACCCGAGCACGAACCCGGCGAUUAUGUUCGAGAGUGAAUUCCAGAAAGAGACAACGGGACAUUCUCACACCCAGCAGGCAUGGACCUAAGGUUGAUAAGCACAUGGUCUUCAUUUGAGGCGUUAAUUGUUUUUAACGUAAAUAUCGCAACACGAUCACUGUCCACACCACGAUUUACUGGAGAAUAGAUCUGGACCAAUGUGUAGACUUACCCCAGUCCUUCCGAGUCAGGCUUAAAAGCACAUUGCCUGACAAAAAAAAAGAAUACGUAACAGAGUUCGACUGACGAAGGUUCACGAUUGCUUCUCCAUAACAGAAGUCUUCGAAAAAUGUGUUCAAACAGUUUGACAAAAACUGUCAGCGGUGACAAAGAUCAUCGUAGCUGCUAUUGUAAUCUUAUCCAUGUAUAUUGACGCUAACUUUAAGGCACUGGACACCUUUGGUAAUUGUCCAAGACCAGUAUUCUCACUUGGUGCAUCCAAAC